AUGGCUAGAACUACUGCAUCUAAUAGUGAGAGUGAGGCAAAGACUAGUAAGUCUACUAAUACUGGUUCUUCUUAUGGUGGGCAAUCGAAUUCAGGUGCUAGAAAUACUGCUAAGCAAAGGCUAACUGCUGCACAAAGUCAAUAUAUUAAGAAUUUGGUUAAAACACAUAUAACGAAUAAUCAUCCAGGUUUGAAAUCCAGACCUCAUCCAUUGGACUUUGAAAUGUAUUCUGAUGACAUAUUACGUCGUUAUAAGGAUCAUUUUAAAUUAGGCACAGAAGAUAAUCUAACACUUGAUGGAUAUAUGCUAGGUUCACAGUUGGGCUCAAGAACAUAUUCUGGUGAAUUGAAUAAAGUAGGGAAACCUGAAGCAAGGGUGCUCAAGAAGGAUCUUGCGGAUGAAGUGAAAAAACACUUUUUGUCAUAUGGGAUUAAAGAGACCGUUUGCAUUCCUCAUUUCAUAUAUAAAGUAAAGACCCAAAAGAAAAAAUUCAAAAUGGAAUUUAAUGAUUAA